CUAAGAUGGCCGACUUUAUUUGAACGAAAACAAUCGCGAAGUGCGGACGCAAAGUCGAGUGCGAUCCUCGAAGACUCUGCCAUCAGCAGAAGAAAUACCACCCAAGUUGAGAGAGCAGUCGUACUCUAGUGUAGACCACCGAACCGAUCACUGCUGUGCUGCCAGGCUAAAAAGCUCACGACAACCGUGCAAAUUGUUGGCAACUUUCGUAAGAUUGGUUUUAUUUACGACGAUCAACUGGUGAUCGAGUUUUAAGCUGGAAUAUUAUUUCGAAAUAGUAACAAUCUCUCGAAUGUCGAAAUAGUGAUUAAUGCAAUGGCACCGAAAGCCUGAUUGCUCGUAAUUGAAAUUCGAAGUCGUCGGGAAACAGCAGGGUGAAUAGUCCUUUAAGCCAGUCAACGAGUGAUGUGUGAGCAAAAAGAAAAAAAAUUAAGAUGUCAUGAAACAUAACUUCGGUUCAGUGGCUAAAUGGUGCAGAAUCUUUUUGCGGGCUGGUUAUUUCGAGCUAAAAGUCGACCCACAGUGCAGCUCUGUAGGCAAAACAAGGAUCAUUCUCGGAAGUUCUCUGUGAUCCGAAACCCUUGAUCCUCAUGUAUGCUGAUCUAUGUACGUGUUUUCAUUUCUAAAAAAAAAUAAAAACCCAAUAGAAAGAGCGCGGUACGAAACGAAAGGCAUAAAGGGCAUAAAGAAGCUAGCUGUGGAAGAGCCGAAAAUUCAAAUAACGUAGGAAGGUCUCGAAACUAGAAAUAGUGUUAAAGUGAGGCACGUGUGUGGGAGUAUAAGUUCGAUGUAGUUUCCGCUGAUUUAUGCUGCCGCUUUCUGAUGGGGGAGAAUGUUCUGCCAGUUCCGCAGCGUGAUGAUGAUUGUGAGAUGGAAAAAAUCGAUAUAAAGGAAAGGAAAUAAACCGAUAGUGACAACAAUACAGUCGGCAGAAAAUGGAAAAUUUGAACGGUCUAGAAUAAAGUGAUAUUAGGAAAGUCGAAAAAAAAAAAUUAAACAGCACUUCGAAUUGAUUUCGGUGAUCGCGUGCAGCGACGUACGGCGAAGAAAUAGUUAUUUACGCAAAAGAAGGAAAAAAGUGUGAACGAAAUUCCAGUUCCGCAGCAUACAACAUGGUAGUGCCCACGAUGGAUAGUCUGCCGCGAGUACCUGACACCCACGGUGACACCGUGGACGAAAAAGUUUUCUCCGACCUCUACAUUAGGACUAGCUGGUUCGAUGCGUCGAUCGCGCUGGAUCAAAUCGAAAAGGGUAAAGCGCGAGGGAGGCGGUCAGCGGUCUAUAUGCGAUCCUUAUUCCAGUCCCAUCUCUACAACCUCGGCUGUUCGAUACAGAAACACGCGGGCAAAGUAUUAUUCGUGGCAAUACUAGUUCUAAGCACAUUCUGCGUGGGCCUCAAAUCUGCGACGGUGCAUUCGAAAGUGCACCAGUUGUGGAUACAGGAAGGUGGAACGUUAGAGCACGAACUGGCUUAUACGCAGAAAUCGCUUGGUGAAAUGGACUCUUCGACGCACCAACUGCUGAUACAGACGCCAAAAGAUAUGGAAGCUUCCAUUCUGCAUCCGAACGCAUUGCUGACACAUCUGGAAGUGGUGAAACAGGCUAUAUCGGUCCGGGUGCACCUGUACGACAUCGAGUGGAGCUUGAAAGAUAUGUGUUACUCGCCGAACAUCCCAAACUUCGAUACACAUUUUAUUGAGCAAAUCUUCGAGAACAUCAUUCCAUGUGCGAUAAUCACGCCACUGGACUGCUUCUGGGAGGGUAGCAAACUUCUUGGACCGGAGUAUCCUGUUGUGAUCCCGCAUCUGGUAAACAAAGUCCAAUGGACCUCCCUGAAUCCGCAGAAUCUGCUGAAAGACAUAAAAGCUCAGAACUAUCAAUUUCCGUUUGAUACAUUGGAACAAUACAUGAAGCGAGCUGGGAUCGGAACCGGAUACACCGAGAAGCCUUGUCUUAAUCCAAAGGACAAGCAGUGUCCCGAGACGGCACCGAACAAAAUGAGUCAACAGAUUCCGGAUGUGGCGUCAAGUUUAACUGGUGGUUGCUAUGGUUUCGCAGCCAAGUACAUGCACUGGCCGGAAGAACUGAUCGUAGGAGGCGCUACACGCAACCGAUCGCAGCAUUUGAAAACCGCGAAAGCUCUACAAACCGUCAUUCAACUGAUGGGUGAACGGGAAAUGUACGAAUACUGGAACAACCACUACAAGGUGCACCAUAUCGGCUGGAAUCCGCAGAAGGCUGCCGAAAUUUUGAACGCGUGGCAGAAGAAAUUCUCCGCUGAGGUCAAUAAGAUCAUGCAAACGGAGGUUAAACCAUUGUCUCACUACGAGGUAUUUGCCUUCUCAUCGGCAACACUCGAUGAUAUUCUGGGCAAGUACUCUAAUCCGAACCCUGUAAGCCUAGGGGUCGGCGUUGCAGUUAUUCUUAUCUAUUCCGCGCUGACACUACUGCGAUGGAAGGAUCCCGUAAACGGUCAAAGUGGUGUGGGGGUAGCUGGAGUUCUACUGAUCGGAGUAACAACCGCCGCCGGGCUUGGUUUUUGCGCUUUGUUAGGUAUUGCAUUCAACGCGUCCACAACUCAGGUGAUUCCAUUCCUGGCUUUAGGAUUGGGCGUUGACCAUAUCUUCAUUUUGACUCACGCGUACGCAGAACGGGACAGCAAUGAACAAACUGGUCAGGUGCUUAAAAAAGCAGGACUAAGCGUACUUUUUAGUGGUGCAUCCACUGCCGGAUCCUUCUUUGCGGCUGCAUUGAUUCCCGUUCCGGCUCUUCGAGUGUUUUGCUUCCAGGGCGCAAUUCUGUUGGUCUUCAAUCUUGCCGCAGUGCUUCUCGUAUUCCCCGCAAUGGUCUCACUGGAUCUGCGACGAAGACGAGCCGGUCGAGCGGACAUUUUGUGCUGUUGCCUUCCAACACUACCGACUAGCAACCAGGAUGUGAAACAACGUCAACAAUCGCAGCCAUCACAAGAUGAUUCGCUGAUUGAUUGUCCAGCGAAAGCUUGCUUCAGUUUUUCCAUCUCCAAGUUUGCUGUGAAGCAUUACGCGCCGUUCAUUACCAAGAGCUCGGUUAAGGUUCUGGCCAUGUUGCUACUCGCCGGUGUUCUAGGAGUGUCUCUAUUCGCAUCGAUGAAGCUUCCGGACGGACUCGAACUGACUGAUCUGGUUCCGCAGAACACCAAUGAGCACAAAUUUCUCAGUGUGCAGGGGAAACUGUUUGGCUUUUACAGUAUGUUUGCCGUAACGCAGGGUGACUUCGAAUAUCCAACCAACCAGAAACUGCUGCAUGACUAUCAUGAAGCGUUUGUCCGGGUUUCACACGUAAUCAAAAACGACAACGGUGGACUGCCUGACUUUUGGCUCAGUUUGUUCCGCGAUUGGUUAAUCAACCUGCAGAAGGCAUUCGAUCGAGACUACCGCGAGGGACGAAUCACCACGGAACGAUGGUACGCGAAUACGAGCAACGACGCGAUUCUCGCCUAUAAAUUGCUGGUCCAAACCGGUCAUGUCGACAAUCCGAUCGACAAAACUCUACUAACACAGAUGCGACUAGUCGACUCCGAGGGAAUAAUCAACCCGAAAGCAUUCUACAACUAUCUAUCAGCUUGGGCUUGGAACGACGUUUUGGCGUAUGGUGCAUCACAGGGAAAUUUGCGCCCCGAACCUCGUGAAUAUUUUCACGUGCCGAAAGAAUAUGAGUUGAAAAUUCCCAAGAGUGCUCCUCUGACCUACACACAGUUGCCGUUUUACUUGCAUGGGUUAAGUGAUACGCAGGACAUUAAAGAAAUGAUUGGACAGAUUCGUGAUCUAAGCAGACGAUUCGAAAAUCGCGGAUUACCCAACUAUCCCUCAGGUAUUCCGUUCCUUUUCUGGGAACAAUAUAUGAAUCUACGACCCUGUCUGCUGAAGGCCAUCGGGUGCGCCCUUGUCGCUGCUUUCUGUCUCGUUGCUCUUUUGCUGUUCUCCGUUUGGGCUUCUGUUCUAAUUGUCUUCAGUAUCGUGACCAUGUUGAUCCAGGUGCUAGGAGUGAUGAUCCUGCUCGGCAUUAACUUGUCCGCUAUUCCGGCCGUCAUAUUAAUAGCAAGCGUCGGUUCUGGGGUUUGCUUCACCGUGCAUGUUUCACUGGGUUUUAUCACCGCAAUCGGCAAUCGCGAUCGUCGAAUCAAGCUGGCCCUGGAACACUCGCUAGCGCCUGUAAUUCAUGCCGUUAUGACAUCGAUUCUGGCCGUGCUGAUGCUGUCUACUUCCUCCUUUGAAUUCGUUGUGCGACACUUUUUCUGGCUUUUGCUGUCCGUCCUAAUAAUCGGAGCAAUCAACGGAUUAUUCUUCUUCCCAAUCCUGCUAAGCAUGGUAGGUCCAGGAGCGGAAAUCAUACCCCUCCAGUAUGCAAACCGAAUUUCGACACCAUCGCCGCCGCCAAAGCGAAACAACAAGAUAUCGAACAAACCAUAUAUCCUGAACAACAAGCGUUCCUCGUCAUCUUCGUCAGCGAGGAACUGCUCCAAAUCACACCACCAUCACAAACACAACAACGUAAAUCUGAACAACGAACCUUCGCUGACCACGAUCACCGAGGAACCACAGUCGUGGAAAAGCUCCGCAUCGUCUAUUCCGUCGAUUCACGAAUCCAAGAGCAAUAUUGGCACUAUCAACUAUUCCAAUCAAGCACCAGAGCUGCAAAGUAUUGUCCUACAGCCAGAAGUGACCGUCGAAACGCAUCAUCAUGGUGGUGAUCAUCAGAACACAAAGGUUACCGCCACUGCCAACAUUAAGGUGGAGCUGGUAACUCCAGGACGAGGCGCACCUCGGAUGGUUCGAACGAGCAGCACCAGUAGCAGUAGCGGAAAUAGUAGCAGCUAACUAUGUUCCCAAAAGUGUAGCGGACGGAACAACCGUCUAAGCUACUAGGUUUAGAGAACGUCCGUUCGCGUGUUCGUUCGUACGUUUGUAAAUAGGCCAAUUCCUUGAUUUUUUUUUUCUUUAGCUUCGUUUAGCGUAACCGUAACAAUUAUUUAUUUGUUUUUCCUCCUCCAAAAGAAGAAAGUAUUAUUUUUAUCUAUAUUAUAGAGUAGCGAAUGUCUAUUGAUUUUUCUGAGUAUCUAUUUUCCCCCAAACCUUAAUAAUGACAAGAUGAAAAAAUGAAAGAAAAAAAAUAGAUUGUGUAUUUUUAGUCGUAGGGGCUCUGAAUGACCCGCCCGACGUUGUAUAGCAACCCUAAAACUUGUUCCUGCAUCGCGAAUGUUUGUAAUAUUCGAAUUAAUAGAAAUGAACAGAUCCUGACGAACUGAUUAAUCUAUAUAGGAUAAUAGAGAGCAACACUGUAGCCCGUAAGACUUUGUAUCUUCUGCAGUAUAAAACCAGGGAGCUGAGAUGGUAUAGCUUUUACAAAAGGAAACAAAUUCUAUAGUGAAUAGUAGUAUAGUUAGGUUCCCCUGUACAUUUUCAUUCGAUUGCGGGUUUGAGAGACGAUGAUGCAUGCUUUAAGGCCAAAUAUUUUCAGUUUUAUAAACGUAAAUUUCUUUAACUUAUUAUGUAAAUAACGAAACAGACAGACUUAAGUGCAGUACACCUGCGGAACAGAAUUCCAGAGCAAAGCGGGAAAAUCUCGCCGCUACACAAGAAGCAAUCAAAGAACAUCGCGUACUUAACAACGAACCGCCCUUUCAUAGUAGCGUUUGAACAGAAUAAACCGCACACUUACACACAUGUAUGUAUACCGAAAAUAAAACUAAAGACAUAAACCAAACGCAUUUCAUCAGUAAGAUCUGACAAGUUAAUGAACCUGAGUAUUUGGCUUUUCUCUCAAAAUUAAUCGUAGAAUACUAACGCACAAAAAAUUCUAUCAUUGUUUUAAUAACAACAUUUGUACAAUUUAGAAUCGUUUAUCCCCACUUUUGUUUAAGAAUGUUACCAAUUUUGUAAGCGUUUGAUUAAUUGUCAAACAUGAAAAGCACACAAAGCAAAGAAACAAAAAAAAUGCGAAAACACAUUGGAAAGGUAGUUUAACUAAGUAGAAGAGAGAAAACUUGUCGGUGUGGAAAAGGUAAUAAGCUACAAUAACUUUAUGUUAUCAAUAUAAAAGUGAAUAAAUAUUACUCUAAAAACUAUUUAUUUAUUUUUCGCGCGACAGUGGCUGAGGGCAGCCCCAACCCUAUGUUGUAAUUUAAAUUAUAUUAUUUUUCGCUAAAGGAGAACAUAAAGACGACAGGAAACCUCGUAAGUGGCAAGCGAUGGAAAGUACAAGCACAACCGAAAAGAAUGAUAUUUGCUGUAAUUAUAAUAUAUAUGUGUAUGGAAUUCCAAUUGCUGCUACCGACCAAGUGCACUCUUGGAGGCGUGCAGCAUUGUGAAUGUUGUUUAUGGAAAAACAGUAAACGAUGUAUAAUAGAUAGAAGCAAAAAUCUUAUCGAGUCUAGUAGGUUAAAAUAUUGGAUUUUUUAUUCAGUGGAACGUGUUUCCAGGUAAAAUCGAAAAAUUGAAAUGAAAUAAACAAUACAUGCAUGGUAUUACCAGUA